AUGCCCAUGCCCGGCGGGUACUUCGAAACAUUGCCAGACGCAAGGGUGGCAAAAGCAGAAGAGGUCGCCAUCGACGCUAUAAAAGAACAGUAUGGCGGGGAUGUGACUGUUGAGAAGGUUGAAAGACAGGUUGUUGCGGGGACAAAUUAUCGCAUUCACCUAAGAGCUGGUGAUACCAAAUAUCUGGUUGUUGUUUUCGAGAGCCUGCCAAUUAACGAGACCACGUUCACCGUAUCCUCUGUUGAGAAGUUACCUGAUAGUACAGCUAGAUAG